AGUUGCUCUUUAGCGUUGAACGACACGUCGGCCGUGUUGACGGCAUUUGACGUGUCCCCGUCACAACAAUGGCGGAUACCGUAGACGAAGCUCUUCAGGGCAGCUGGGACCAGGAUCUAGCUGAGGCUCUGGACUCGGGCGGCUCUGACAUGGAGAUGGAGAGAGGCAUCAUCCAGGUCCAGGAGCAUUCAGUUCAACAUAGGGCCAAGAUGUGGAAGAUCGCUCUAAAUGUCUCUGGAAAAGGAGACAGCCUGUCUCCUUGGGACGGCGUCCUUGAUUUACCAGAACAGACCCUUAUUCACAACCGCAGUCAACAACUGAUUGACCAGCUGAAAGUAUCCGAGGAAGAGAGACGUGAUAUGGUGUCUGACGUUGAGUCAGUCAUCACUUUCUACUGCAAGUCCCGCAACAUUUCCUUCACCCCAGAGCUGAGCUGGCCGCACCUGCUCAAACCACUGCUGGGGCUUCAGCUUCCCCGCAGCGACCUCUACAACUGCUUCUACGCAGUCAUGAACAAAUACAUCCCCAGGGACUGCGUGCCAAACGGCCGGCCCUUCCACCUGUACAGACUACUGCUGCAGUACCAUGAGCCAGAGCUCUGCUCCUUUCUGGACACCAAAAAGAUCACACCUGACUCCUAUGCCAUCAACUGGAUGGGAAGUCUGUUUUCCAGCCACUGCCCUCCAGACGUCACCCAGGCUGUGUGGGACUGCUAUCUACGGCAGGCCGACCCCUUCCUCAUCUUCUUCCUCAUGCUCAUCAUCCUCAUCAAUGCCAAGGAAGCCAUCCUUUCAGACCAAGGAGGCAGCAAAGAGGACAUCAUCAAAAUGCUGGAAGCGUCUCCUUCUCACCUGGAAUCGGAGGACAUUGAAGAUUUGUUUUCUCUGGCCCAGUAUUACCAGAGCAAGACCCCUCUGUCUCUCAGAAAGAUGAACCAGAAUCUGUUUGGUAGCAGCCUGGUGGCUCUGAAAGAAGAGGACACUGACCUGAGUCAGGCACUGUGUCUCCCUGUGUCUGUCCCUGAGAUCCUGCAGGCCAACCAGCUGCAGCAGGAUGGAGUACGUUUCUUUGUGGUGGAUUGUCGGCCUGCAGAGCAGUACAACGCUGGGCACCUGUCCACGGCCUUCCACCUGGACUCUGACCUGAUGCUCCAGACCCCCUCUGAGUUUGCUCUAUCUGUGAAGUCCCUGUUGGAGGCUCAGAAACAGUCUUUAGAGUCAGGCUCCAUUGCCAGCGGAGAGCACCUGUGCUUCAUGGGCAGCGGCAGGGAGGAGGAGGACAUGUACAUGAACAUGGUGUUGGCCCAUUUCCUGCAGAAAAACAAAGAAUAUGUCAGCAUUGCUGAAGGAGGUUUCAUGGCCCUCCAAAAGCAUCUGGUGGACAUGAAUAUUGAGGGUCUUGACUCUUCGUACAUCCACUGGAUCGUCAGCACGUCCGGAUCUCACAGCAGCCUCAGCUCUGCCAAUGGAGAGUCACUAAGUAGCCCUGGAGACGGCAAAGGCGUCAAGUCUUUGGUCAACAAAAUGACAUUUGCUCUCAAGUCCAAGUCAGUGAACGUAAAGGAGAAGAUGAUCAGCUUCAUCGAGAACACCUCCACCCCUGUAGACCGAAUGUCUUUCAAUCUGCCCUGGCCAGAGAAGGUGAUUCCAGAUCGGCACGUGAGCAGCAGCGAUCACGUCGGCAAACCUUACCGGGGGGUGAAGCCUGUUUUCAGUAUUGGUGAUGAGGAGGAGUAUGAUACAGAUGAGAUCGACAGCUCAUCCAUGUCAGACGACGACAGGAAGGAGAUUGUCAACAUUCAAACCUGGACAAAUAAACCAGAUGUAAAGCAUCACAUUCCAUGUAAUGAGGUCAAAGAAACUGGCCACAUGUUCCCCAGCCACUUGUUGAUCACAGCAACUCACAUGUACUGCUUGCGGGAGAUCGCCUCGAGGAAAGGCUUUGCCUACAUCCAAUCCAGACAAGCACUGAACUCUGUGGUGAAGAUCACAUCCAAAAAGAAGCACCCAGAACUGAUUACAUUCAAGUUUGGCAGCAACAACUCAGCUGGAGUGGAGAUAUCAGCAGUCGAAAGAUAUUUGAUACCCAACGCAGGCGAUGCCACCAAAGUCAUUAAGCAGCAGAUCAUGAAAGUCCUAGAUGCUCUGGAGAGCUCGUAAAGGGAGACGGCGGUGUCGUGACGGCCAGCUGUGACACAAACUGUAACCAGAGUCUCUGUCUGCCGAGAGUGAAACCUUGUCCUGCUCUCCCUCGGGUGUCCUCCCUGCUGGACACACCAGUGCAGUGUUGACUGUGAAGCCCUGUGUGUCCGUGUUUGGGACAUGGCGGGCACACUGCUGGCUGCGGGGCCUGUGGGACAGGCUGUGAGUGUUGAAAUACUUAGGUGCUCCACGGUCGUCCAACCAUUCUCUUUCACUAAGUUAAAAAAACAAUAUUGGUUGUACUGUAUGUUCUUCUUAAUCAUUGAUAAAACAUGGGAUCUCAUCUACAAUUCUACUUUGGCAAACUUCCCUCCGGCCUUAAGGUAGCAUACUGACCGAGCUCUUUAAUCACUACAUGACCGACCUUUUCCUUUCCACUUAAAGCAUCUCAGUUCUGACUAGGGAACAGUAUUGUAGCUCAGUCAUGUCUCUUAGUUUUCCCUCUCAGAUUCCCCCCUCAAAAAAGCAUUGCUCACAUGCACGAGUUGGGUUUCCUAACGCAACAACUGUUUUUGAUAACUUGAUUUUCCAGGCCGCCUUAAAUAGAAAUUAUUUGAGGAUGUUUAUAAAUAUGUGAUGUGUAUAUAUAAUGUGUAAACUGCUCUAUAUCCGCUCAGACCUUUGCAAUGUCAUUUUGAAAGCAUAUCCUGAUGGUUAGAAUAUGCUUAAACUUAAAACUGGCUUCUAAGCCAGCUCGCACGUUUUGAAGUAUCCUUUCUGUCUAGAUUAAGAAGUACACCUUUUACAGAUUUUCUGGGAGAUAUUUAUACAUUUAAUAAUGAAUUAACCUCCUCUCAUAGUAGUCUGAUGUAGCUCUCAGAAAGCACCAUUCACAGCCCCUCUGGGCUACAUUAGUAUUACAAGACGAGCUUUGGUGAUUGCAGUUAAGACUCUGAGCACCUCAGUAUUUUUUCCAUCCCAUUCAGAUUCAGUAUGUAAAUUAUUAUUCCCCCAGUUAACCUGAUUUAAAAAAUGCCCAGGUGAAAUAAAUCUCUGGUUAUAUUAGCAUCUGAAAGGCUAUUACUGUAAUUGAAGCAACACCAUGCUAACUAAAAAAGAAAAGUCAUAUAUCUAUGCUUUCAAAUCAAGUGUGUCUUGUCCAUUAUCUUAGUCGAAACUAAGCAGCUUUAGUUUUCUUGCCACUGUUGCCUUCGGCCUCAUGCCUGCGAUGUGUGAUAUUGGCUCCAGCAGUGGCAACAUAUCGCAGUAUAUCGCUGCUUCUCCUCUAAUCUUUUCCUCGCUUUGUUCUUGCUUACUUAUUAAUUUGCGUUAGAAGUCGAGUUGUGUAGGCAGCCUGGGUUUAAAGUGAUGCAGCAGCUUCCUGACCGCUCCACUUGUCCAGAGAGGAUUUAUCCCGGUCAUCUGUUAAAACAAAAUGAGGGGAGAGGUCAACCUGAGUAAAACAUAGGGCACAUUUAGAAUAUGGGUGACAAAAACUAAAACUUGAAUCAAAGAGUCUGGUCUUUCUUCACUCCAGUCUUUCAUAGCAUUCCCAUGUAAUCCAUGCUUUGUGUUGUUUUGUGGUAUUUGUGAGUAUUGACUGGAACAUCCCCAGGAGUCUUUAAUUACUCUGUAACAUCACUGGCAGAGGAUGUCACCGCUAGUCGAAAUGCAACAUGUCUCAAGUGUAAUUUGCACCUUACUGUACUGCUAUUAUUUUCUAAGUGUUUCUGUUUGUAAUAAAUGAAGAUUAUUCGAA